AUGAUUUAUCCGAGGGCCCUUCUCCCAGCUGCUGUCGCACUAGUGUCCCUUGUGCUCGCCGUACCUUUAGAAGAGCGUCAGUUAGCUUUCGACUUCAACAACCAGAAGGUACGUGGUGUAAACCUCGGCGGAUGGUUCGUGCUCGAGCCUUGGAUCACUCCAUCAAUAUUUCAGCAAUGGGCCAACGGCGGAAACGUCAUAGAUGAGUAUUCAUAUACUGCAGCACUUGGAAAAGAUGAAGCAUUCACGCGUCUCAACAACCACUGGGCUACUUGGAUAACAGAGAGGGACUUUGCCGAAAUAGCAUCAAUGGGUCUGAAUCACGUGAGGAUUCCUGUUGGAUACUGGGCUCUAGUCACCAUUCCCAAUGAUCCCUACGUUCAGGGUCAGCUUUCGUAUAUGGACCAGGCUAUUGAUUGGGCGCGUCAAAAUGGCUUGAAAAUUAUGCUCGACAUCCAUUGCGCUCCUGGAUCUCAGAACGGGUUUGACAAUUCGGGGCGCGCUGGUACCAUUGCAUGGCAGAGCGGGGACAAUGUACCAAGUACCCUCCGUGCAAUCCAAUUGCUGGCAGAGCGAUACGCACAUCACACCGACGUUGUCACUUCAAUAGAACUUCUCAAUGAACCAGUAUUUUGGGGUAAUGAUUUAUCACAAACUAAAAAAUUCUACUAUGACGGAUGGGGAAAUGUUAGAACCCAAGGCCAAACUGCGGUUGCUAUUCACGACGCAUACCUUGACCCCAGGUCAUGGAAUGGCUUUAUGAACAGCGAAUCUGGUGUUAACAAUGUUAUCUUAGAUACACACAUCUACCAGGUUUUUUCGCAAGACGAAGUAGCUAUGAAGCCAUGUGCUCACGUGCAGACAGCUUGCUCAAGUGUUGACAAAAUUAAGCCAACCGACAAAUGGACUAUAGUUGGAGAAUGGACUGGAGCUCAGACCGACUGCGCCAAAUGGUUGAACGGACUAGGAAAAGGUGCCCGAUACGACGGAACUUUACCUGGAAAGUCUGAAGGAUAUUACGGAUCCUGUGACAAGAAAUACGAGGGCACCGUCGAUGACAUGCUUCCGGUUGACAAAACGAAUAUACAAUAUUUCAUUGAGGCCCAAUUAGACGCUUAUGAGUCGCAUACCGGAUGGUUUUUCUGGAAUUGGAAGACGGAGAGUGCGCCUGAAUGGCACUUUCAAAAUUUAACCAGGGCUGGAUUGAUUCCUCAGCCAUUGGAUUCGCGAAAGGUACCAAGCCAGUGCGGCACAUCGCAGUGCCUUAUCCCUGGGAAUUAA